AUGAGCCUUCGCAAGCGUCGGGCUAGCGACGGUGGUCACCCUACAGCCAAAUAUGCUCGUACCGAAACGACAGACUCUCCACUUGAUCAGGACCUGUCUGGUACUCCCGACCUUCCAGAGAUCUGUGGGGACUUUAAAAUAGUGGUUCAGCUCAGAUCUCAGUCUAAGGCUGCCCGCAAUGACCCAGAGUUUGCACUGCCUCAACGAGAGCUAUACCGAAAGAUCCUCUCGGAGCAGUCCAAUGGAGGACCAGCUUCUACACUACAUCACGCAUCAGCUUACUUUGCGGUCCAUCGUGGUCUUAAACCAUCUCAGGACGAAGACGAAUCUGACAAGCAGGCAAAAAUUCCCUCUGAGAAUGGCGAUGCUGGCAAUAUUCACCUAAAUGACUCCCUCGAAAGGAUGCCCAUGAGCAUAGGAAAGACCGGGAAAGGUAUCGAUGCAGAAGAGGGUCGAGGAGACGAUGUCGUGACUUGCCAGCCUGGCGAGCAGACCGAAGGUGAUGCGGAACAUGAAAAUGAGGGCGACGACGAAAUUGACGACGACGGCGAUGAAAGCGACCUAGACGUCGAAGAUAAGAGUAAUGAAGACACUAGCGAGGACGAAGACCGCUCCGAGAAUGAUCCGGAUUAUGAGUUCGAGUGGCUAGAACCAAUCGUUGUCGAAGUAAUUCCUACUGCAAACCCAGACGAACACGACGAGCCGAUGAGGGUUGCAUACUGCGACGCGAAGUUGAUUAGAAGAGGACAAAUGCGGGACGAUUUCUAUGAACAGAUGGAGCGACCUUCAGAAGAGACAUCAAUGCUCGCGUUUGACCUGUUCGACCGGUACGGUCGACUGAGAUCUGAGUUCAAAACCCACCCCGUCAUCAAGGGCACUGGUGUCUGGGGCCAGGAACUGGAUCAUGGGGAUAUCCUCCUCAUUGAAGAGGUUUUUGUCAACAAAGACUACCGCAGACAAGGACUUGGUCGAAGAAUGAUUGAGGCACUGUUGACACGGGCCCGAGAGAAGACUUGGUCUUUCUUUGCUUUCGUUUGGCCAACCUUUUUAAGAUCGCACGACCUCAGAGAGGAGUGGGACAGCUUACCAGACGGUGUAGAAAGACAGAAAUUGGAAGAACGCGAACAUGACCGGGCUACCAUGUUUUACCGGUCUUUGGGAUUUCGAAGGGUGGGAUCCACGAUCUGGUUUGCCCUGGCUCCCGACAACGACCAUCCCUCUCACCAGCUUACCUCAAUGGAGGAUUUCAACCCUCCAAAGCCGCCUUCAACCACUCUCCAUUCCCUCUUGACCCCAUUACAGCAGAUUUCCGACCCUCCGCCGUCCCCUCUCAACCGAAUAUUGAACCCGCAGCCUCGCGAAUCCCCAGACUUUCUUGACGUGCUCUCGAACUACCAAGAGUACUUUGUUGCAUUUGACUCUUGGACUUCCUUCAGGCUUAUGCGCAUUCUUCGAAGCUGGCCCAACAAUUUCCAACCAGAAUUUGCGGCACGUCAAGCCCUCCCAAACAGCCAAACAACACUCCCAAUGAAGCACCCCAUCCCUCUCCAAUCGAGAAACAGGGACGUUGCUGCUCCCUCAUACGCAAUCACUUGCACAAACCCAUCCGAAGACAUCGUCGCUGCCGGAGCACCCUUCGUGGCAGCAGAGACAGCGCUCAUGGGAGGAGGCACCCCGACGGAGUAG